AUGUCCACAGCAUAAUAAUUUAAAGAUCUUGGCAAUUAAGCUUUCAAAGAAAAUAAAUUUGAAGAGGCAGCUAAGUUUUAUUCAUAAGCCAUCGAGUUGAAUCCAAAUGAUCACAUUCUCUACAGCAAUAGAUCAGGAUCAUAUGCUUCCCUCUCCAAAUAUUAAGAAGCUUUAACAGAUGCCGACAAAUGUAUUUCUAUUAAUCCAAAUUUCGCAAAAGGCUACCAGAGAAAGGGAUUGGCCCUUCAUUAUCUUGGAGAAUUCGAAAAAGCCAUCGAAGCCUAUCAACAAGGUUUAGCCAAAGAUCCUAGCAACUCUUUGCUCUAAGAGGGCUUAAAGUCUGCUUAGACUGAAUUGCAAGGCACACAGAACAACCCAUUUGCUUCUGCUUUGAAAAAUCCCAACAUUUUAAAACUUCUAGGCAUUCUCUAGAAAGAUCCAAGAACAUCUGCAUUUGCUUCAGAUCCCACAUUUAUGUAAUUGAUUGGUUUAAUGAUCUCUUAACCAUAAAUGGCCAGUUAAUUCAUGUAGACUGAUCCAAGAAUCUCUACUGCUUUAUCUGUAAUAUUGGAGAAUCCUGAAGCAUAAGCCAUUUUCUUCUCCGAAUUUGCUGGAAAAGUGAAAAAACCAGAUGGUGAAAAAAAAGAUCAUCCUCAACAACAAUCUUAACAUAUGGAAGAGGAACAACCUCAACCAUAGCAAGAAUAACAUCAUCACACUCAUACUGACUAACAUCAUCAAGCUCAUACUGAGUAACAUCAUCAAACUCAUACUGAACAACCUUAAUAAAAACAACAUCAUUAACCACCUCCAAAACCAUAGCCCCAACUUGAAGAAUGGGAAGUUCAAAAAAAUUUGGGAAACGACGAAUAUAAGAAUAAGAAUUUCGAGAAAGCUCUCCAAUAUUACAAUGCUGCUCUUGAGUUGAAUAAGGAAGAAGCCUUGUUAUAUAAUAACAAAGCUGCUGUCUUUAUUGAACAAAAACUGUAUGAUUAAGCAUUAGAAUCCAUUGAAGAAGGACUCAAAGUUUUGGAAGUACAUAGCAGUUUCUAGAAGAAAGCCAAAUUGUUAGCUAGAAAGGCUAAAGUGCUUUCUUUGUAAAAUAAGGUUGAUGAAGCCAUUCAAAUUUAUGAAAAAUCAUUAGUGGAAGAUCAUGUCCAAUCAGUAAAAGAUGAGUUGAAGAAAUUAUAAAAAAUGAAGUAAGAUCUUGAAGCAUAAAAUUACAUCAAUCCUUAAUUAGGAGAGGAAGCAAAUACUAGAGGAGGUGAUGCAUUUAAGGCAGGAAAAUUCCCAGAUGCCAUUCAAUGUUACAGUGAUGCUAUUAAGAGAAAUCCAAAGGAACCUAAAUAUUAUUGCAAUAGAGCAACUGCAUAUAUGAAAUUGAUGGAAUUUCCUAAUGCUGUUUCAGACCUUGAGAAAUGCUUAUCAUUAGAUUCAAAAUAUGUUAAGGCCUAUGUGAAGAAAGCCAAUUGUCAUUUUGUCAUGAAAGAAUUCCAUAAAGCCAAAACUGUUUAUGAAAAAGGGUUAGAACUUGAGCCUAAUAAUGUGGAAAUGUAGUAAGGUCUUGAAAAAGUCAGAUUUUCAAUUAUGCAAGGAAGUGGAUCAGAAGAAGAGUAAUAAUAAAGAGCUAAAAGAGCUAUGCAAGACCCAGAAAUUCAGUAGAUUCUUCGAGAACCAGAGGUUAUCAAUCUCUUGAAUGACAUGAAAGAUCAUCCUUAGGAUGGAUUAAAAGCGAUAAAAUCGAAUCCUUCAUUAGCAGCCAAAAUUGAAAAGUUAAUUGAGGCUGGAGUUCUAAAAACAGGUUGAUAUUUCUAUAA